GUACAUAUAAGUUCCCGCCUAUCCAAGGCCUGUUUGCACCUGCCAGGAUUUUUGCACAGCAACAGGUCCGCCGUUGUCAUCAGUACCGUCUUUUGAGCUUGUCCACUACUUUUUUGUUUUGUUCCUACCACCAUUGGCGACCAACCCCCCCUUGCACUCGGCUUCCGAGAAAUCUGAACUGUUCUUCUCUUCAUCCUCUGCGGUUUCAGGUCCCACGAGGCAACCCGGUCUUGUAGCAGACAUUGUGCUUCAACUACCGUAUACUACUCUCCGACAUGUCCCUCAAACGCAUUCUCAAUGACGAGCCACCACCACAUUCCUUGGCACAUCUUCACUCAGCUCCCGCUGGUCCUUCUCGUGUUGCUGCUGUUGAUCAUACAUUCACAGACGUAACGCCUACCCCUUCUUCCGCAGUCAUAUCUCCUCAUACCCACCCAAAUCAUCCCGAGCAGCCUCCGCCGCAUCGUGGUUAUGCUUACCAGCCGGUCUCUUAUCAGGGUGCUGGGGGAUGGGACCCCUACUCGGGCAAUUAUGUACAAGGAGAUAUUUUUCCGUUGGGUCCUGGUGGAAAUUACUACCCCCAUCGUGAGCGAGAAGAACCUCCUCCGGGUCCCGCACACACCCGCCCGGAUUCGGCAGGCGCCUACUACAGAGAUGGCGAAGAGGACCUCGCAUCCAAGAGGAGAAGGAAGGCAAUGGACGAUGACUCAGAUUAUCUUCCUCCAGCAUCUAAGCGCCCUGGGCUUAGGAGGAACCCUCCCCGCUCAAAGGUUGUACGUUCGAGAUCACCCCAAAAUCGUCGCCUCGUAUCCUCGGACCUCUCGGAUUGUGAGGAAGUUUGGAUCGCAGACCUAAGUGAUUACAUCAUGGAGACACAUAAACGACAGCUUCAGGUAGAGUCUUGGUUCGAAGCAAGUGUACUGGAACGCAAUUCUACCACUGCAGCCGCACUCUCUAGACACUACGUCUCGCGCCUCGCACGUAUACCCCUUCCCCCACCGUCACCCCCCGUAGUACCAAUGGAAGAUGACCUCUUGUCUACUUUGCAUCCCACCCCGCCCCACGCUGGUUUCGCUGGUUUCGACGGAGUUCGCAAAGGGUAUGACGCCAGCGGGAGGUCGAUGGAUGUUGGCGCCGAGGAGACUCCGCAGGAGUUGGAGGAUUCUCUUCGAAGAGUUAAACGGAGAGAUCCACUUAAGCGUCCUGCAGAAGGACCAUUAUCCGACGCGAGCAGUGAUUUUGAAGUACCUACCCUUGCUUCGAGGAAAGACAAGCCGGCAACGAAGAAACGUAAAGUGGACAAAGACGCAGCCAGCAUUGCGGAGGAGCUUGAGUGCGCAGUAGAUGAUGCACCCUUAUCCCUCUCCAAAGGCGCCUCGUCGAGGGCCAAAGGCAAGGGUAAACUCUCUCAGCCUAGGGAGCGUAGUGUGGACAGCAUGCCUCUCACUCCCAAGGGGCGUAAAAAGGCGGCGGCGAGGAAAAAGUUCGAUGCCUUAGGGGUAGAUUCAGCUGGUCACGGAUCGGUAGCGGGGUCAGUAAACGGCGAUAUAACACCAUCUGCUUCUCGCCCAGCAUCACCAGCGUUGACCGUAGGGUCUACGGUAGUCUACGAGCUCGACGAGAUUGUUCCGCCUCUGAGGAGGGCCAAAAAAAUCGAUGAAAACGCCAUGGCCAAACGUAUAAAAACCUUGGAGGAAGCCCAGCGAAAGGUUUGGACGAAUAUCGCACGGAGGGACAUUACGAAGGUUUACAAGUAUGCGGCAUUGGGUUACCAGGCAAGGCAGAGUCAAGCCAAACGCCUUGCCAUGCUCGCGUCAAUGCAAGCCCGCCGACCCUUCACUAAGACAGCGAAGGCCAGCAAGGAUAUGCAGGCGAAGGCGAAGCGACUCAUGCGCGAGAUGCUUGUAUUCUGGAAGAGAAACGAGAGGGAAGAGCGAGAUGUUCGCAAACGUGAACAGAAGGAAGCUAUUGACAGAGCCAAGGUCGAGGAAGAGAAGCGCGAAGCGGCACGUCAAGCACGUAAGCUCGAGUUCUUAAUCAGCCAAACCGAGCUCUACAGUCAUUUCGUUGGCAAUAAAUUGAAGACCGCUGAAGUCCAAGGGGAUACCGCAGAGCCUCCUGCACUUCCCAGCGAUGGCGAACUUGGAGAGGUGGACCCAUCAAUGUUACGAGAGAUUGACUUUGACGACGAGGACCAGACUAACUUGCAUCGCCAUGCCCGACACAAUGCGCGGGAAGCAGUCACUCUAGCAAAGGAGCGAGCACAACAGUUUGACGCGCAAGCGGCACUCGAGAGGAAAACCAACGAGGCACUGAAAUUAGCCAAGGGCCAAGCCCAUGUUCAUGAUGAUAAUACCUCCGCAUCAUCUCCCCCGUCGGUACCCCUGGUGGAUCUUGAUUCGGAUGAACUCAACUUCCAGAACCCCACGUCUUUGAGCGGUCCAUUGACGAUUAAACAACCUACGAUGUUGAUGGCCCAGUUGAAAGAAUACCAGCUGAAGGGUCUUAACUGGCUAGCAACGCUUUAUGAGCAAGGCAUAAACGGUAUCCUCGCAGAUGAAAUGGGUCUCGGGAAGACUGUCCAGUCAAUAUCACUGCUCGCAUACCUUGCGGAAAUGCACGACAUUUGGGGCCCGUUUCUCGUUGUUGCUCCAGCUUCUACUUUGCACAACUGGCAACAGGAGAUUACACGAUUUGUGCCGAGUCUUAAGGCUCUACCUUACUGGGGAAACGUCAAGGAUCGGACAACUCUGCGAAAGUUUUGGAGCAGGAAGGAGAUCAGCUACAACAAAGAUGCCCCCUUCCAUGUGCUCAUUACGAGCUACCAGCUGGUUACCCAAGACCAACAAUACUUUCAGCGAGUGAAAUGGCAAUAUAUGAUACUUGAUGAAGCACAGAAUAUCAAAAAUGCAUCGUCUGUUCGUUGGAAGACACUUCUGGGUUUCCAGUGUCGGAAUCGCCUCUUGCUGACUGGUACACCAAUCCAGAAUUCUAUGCAGGAACUGUGGGCGCUACUUCACUUCAUCAUGCCGAGUCUCUUCGACUCCCAUGACGAAUUCAACGAGUGGUUUUCCAAGGACAUCGAAAAUGCUGCGGAAAACAAAGGUAGCAAGUUGAAUGAGCACCAGCUUCGACGUUUGCACAUGAUAUUGAAACCAUUCAUGCUUCGCCGAGUGAAGAGGCAUGUCCAAAACGAACUAAGCGAAAAGAUUGAAGUUGAUGUUUAUGUCGACCUUAGUUCUCGACAGCGUGCCUUGUACCGCGCGUUAUUGGUCAAUGUCUCGGUUGCUGACCUCUUGGAAAAGGCUGCAAACAUUGGUGAUGCUGACUCCGCCCGAUCUCUCAUGAACCUUGUGAUGCAAUUCCGCAAGGUUUGCAAUCACCCGGAGCUUUUUGAACGUGCCGACGUUGUAGCACCAUUUUCAUUUUCCCACUUUGGUCAAUCAGGUCCUCUCAAUAGAGAAGGCGACGUGGCCUCUGUUCCAUAUUCUACGAAAAACCCUAUUGAAUAUUGCAUACCAGAGCUAUUUUACCAUGACGGAGGGCUAUGCGAGAUCCCGUGCGAGAAAAAUGAUCUGCGGUCCCGCUCUCUUUGUGCCCGCAACUUGUUCAACAUUUGGGACGUGGAGCGGAUAUCCAAAUCUCUUUACGACGAAGUGGAAGCGUCCCCCGCAUUUGCCUUCCUUCGACUUCUUAAUUCCUCUCCCAGCGAAGUGCAUAGUCUUCGUGUGUCCUCUUUCUUGCGCAAUCGCUUGACAGAAUUACAAGAAGAAAAUCGCAUCGUGGAGAGAUCGACUAUCUUGCAGGAUACGAGUUUUGGUCCAUCGGAUAUUUCAACCCCUCGUUAUUCACUUACAACCAACCAGUCACAACACCUUCGCCUGUCCACCAUCUCGUUAUCUGCGUGGACGGAGUCGUGCCUCUGCAGAGCAAGCCUCAGCUGGUUUGUUCCCGCUGCUGUAGCACCGUCGAUAUUUAUGUCAUGCUCGGACCGGACUUUCAUUGAGCAUCGGCUGCAUUUCCUCGAUGCGCCAUUAGAAUCCAUGGCACUAUACGGUAUUCCUCCUCGACUGCAGGAGUCACCAGCAGCUUGUAGCCUUUACAAUGACCUAUUGCCAACGAUACCGACAGGGGGAUUGGUAACGUCGUCAGCUUUAGAUCAAUUGCCGCGGUCUAGAAUGCAAAUCCCCGAAGCAAAGAGGCUCAUUUACGACUCUGCCAAGCUUGCGAGGCUAGAUUCGUUGCUACAAGAGCUGAAAGCUGGUGACCACCGCGUUUUGAUCUACUUCCAGAUGACGCGGAUGAUGGAUCUUAUGGAAGAGUACUUGAUCUUCCGACAAUACAAAUACCUGCGUUUGGAUGGCUCCUCGAAACUCGAAGAUCGCAGGGACAUGGUGAUGGAUUGGCAAACGAGGCCGGAUAUUUUUAUUUUCCUGCUCAGCACGCGAGCAGGAGGCCUUGGAAUAAACCUCACUGCCGCAGACACGGUCAUCUUCUAUGAUCACGAUUGGAAUCCUUCCAAUGAUGCCCAGGCUAUGGAUCGUGCGCAUCGUCUUGGACAAACCCGACAGGUCACUGUUUAUCGUCUUAUCACGAAGGGCACCAUAGAUGAACGGAUUAUUCAAUUGGCACGUGUCAAGAAAGAUGUUCAAGAUAUUGUUGUUGGCAACAAAAACUUCACCGACGUCACGAAACCAAGCGAGAUUGUGCAGCUUCUGCUUAAUGAUGAUCAGCUCGCUGGUAUCGAUAGCCAUGACGUUUCUGGCUUGUCAUCCAAGAAGUCGGGCAAGCGGGCUGCUGGCUCGAACGAUGGUGGCGGCGAUACCGCCCGGGACCUUUGGAACGAAGAAGGUGAUGACUUCUUUGGACAUGCGGUCAACGCCGCAACUGUAGACAAGGGGAACCAAGGCGAGUCUGCUCCUGUACCAAGUCGGGGAAAGAAGCGCAAGGCCGGAGCAAGUGGGGUGCGACCUAAGAAAGGCGGAAGUAAGCAAUCUGCCAGGAAGAAAGUCGAAGCUGGUAACGAAGCUGGAUCUGGGGUAGAUGAUUGAAUUUUCCUUGUUGUUUCAUUCAUUAUUUGCAUCUCUACGGGCGCGUAGAUGUAGAGUAAGUUUGGAUACAGCAUGUAAAGCUUUAUAGUUCUUUCUAUCAUUUUGCA